CGCAGAUUGUAUUUUUGCCUUUUCGACGACGACGAUGGAGAAGCGCGUAGCGGCGACGACGGCGAUCGCGACCAAGGUCCUCGACGAGAUCCCGAUGCACAUGGACCGGAUCGCCGAGGUCCUCGCGCGCGAGUUCCCCGCGUCUUCGCCUGCGCAGGCCUACGCGGCCUUCGCCCCGCUCGUGACAUUGGACGCGCCAUCGAACGCGCGCCUCGUCCAUCUGAUCCAGAUCGUGCUCGACGAGAUCCACAUUGCGAUCCAGAAGAUGCAGAGCCUCGAGCGCUGGAUCCAGCUUCUCGUCCCCAAGGUCGCGGACGGCAACAACUUUGGCGUCGAAGUCCAAAAGUCGGUGCAGCUCCAGAUCAGCGCCAGCCGCACCGCGCUCCAGAAGGCGUGGGAUGGCAUGACCGACUACUACUGGCAGCGCGCGACCGCGUACGAGAAGUUUGCGGCCAAGCACGCUUCGGAAAAGACGAAUACAAUCUCGACGACGGCCGAGGUCGGCGGCAAGGACGGCGACGUGACCAAAAAGUCGACCGUCGAUGCGGACAAGACGACGGCGUCGUCGGCGACGCCCCUCGCCGACCUCGUCUCGUACGUCGCGGCCGUCGACGUCAAGUGGUACUUUAACCUCCAGCGCACGCUUGAGAGCGUCGGGGACCACUACGCGUACACGCUUGACGCUGUCGAGAAGAACGCGGCCAAGAUCAAGCUGCCGCGCGGCCACGGCGAGCGUGGCAUGAGCAUGUUCUAAGCGCUCCUACGUCCAUCGCCUUCGAGGGCCGUCGCAGUCCCCGAUAUCGAUCGAUAUAAGCCACGAGACUAAUGCAGCCUCCAUCAUCGCA